AUGCCCUCAGAAACAUCCCCCCUCCUCGGAAAUGGGGAUCGCUCCCCUCGAUCGCGUUCACCACGGUCGCAUCGCUCACUAUCGACAUACCUCAAACAACCCCUCGAUCCACGCCAUGGCGAUCUACUCCUCCUCUUCUGCUACAUAAUCACCGGUCUCCUCGACAGUUCUGCCGUCUUCAUCUGGGGCUCCUUUGUGAGCAUGCAAACCGGAAACACAGUCUACUUCGGUCUUGGCCUCGUCGGCACCGACGAUGAUCGCUGGAUCAAAUCCGGUGUAUCCAUUGCAGGAUUCUGUCUGGGCUCGCUAUGCUUUGCGGCUUUUCAUCGCGCGUUUGCGCCGAGACAGCGCUGGGUACUGAUUGCUUCCUUCACGAUUCAGUUACUUUGUAUCGUGGUCGCGGCGCUGAUCGUGACUCUCUUCCACUCGUCGCGGAAUCAGCCGUUGAGUUGGUUGGUUCUGGUUCCGAUUGUUCUCGUUGCGUUUCAGAGUAGUGGGCAGGCGGUUACCAGUCGCGUCUUGAAGUAUAAUGCUCUCACUAGUGUCGUGCUGACCAGUGUUUACUGUGACCUGUUUUCCCAUCCGGAUUUACUUUCGCCAAAGUUGAUUAGGAACACGGAGCAGAUGCGCAGGAUUGGGGCUGUUGUUUUCUUGCUUAUUGGAGUUGUCAUUGGUGGAUUCUGGGCACAUAGUGAUGUUGGCAUGAUGGGGGCGUUGUGGACGGCUGCUUUCUUGAAAGGGCUGAUUGUUAUUGCUUGGAUCUUCUGGAACAAGGAAUAG